AUGAGGUUCGACUGUCUGCUUCCAGCUCUCUUGUCCCUGUUGGGCACUGUCUCGGCUCAGACCUUAAGUGGACUGACAUUUGACGGGCGAGACUCGGUGAGUCUUGUCUGGGCUUUGGAUAGGGUGACCUCCGGGCGUUAUGACUUCUACCUGUGCGCAGGCGAUGAGUCUACAGGCUCAUAUGAAACGCUAUUGCAAGUUAUCAGCGAUAGUCUCUACACCCCAGGUGACCUGGUCUCCUUCAGCGUUGACCCAAGUGUCGGUGGAACCGACCUGAAUGCAUACUUCCUAAAGGUGGUUCCUUCAGACAACAAGGAGCAAUGGUCCGGAUUUACCUCCCAUUUUACCCUUACUAAUAUGACGGGCACCUUUUCCACCAAGGUGUCCGAUGCACUCAGGUCAAUGCAACCCAUCGAGAUCACCUGGGCCACGGAGGUAGACACCAACAUCCUCAAGGCCGCCGAAGGUGGUCCUUUUUACAACAGAUCCACGCUCAGUAGUGACAUCCAUGACGAAUUGACCACGUCUGUCCUACAAUUUCCCACACCAACUAUUCCCAAUGAACUGGAUCGACAUGAACUGCGGAAGCGUCUCGGAAUUGACCCGCACAAUAUCCCCUAUGAGGGCCGGAAGCACGAUUGCGGACAAGUCGCCGACGCCUCAGUACCCGCCUUUCCCUUCUCCAUCGCAACCACCUACCUUCCUGCUCCUACGGUCCAAUACACGGACACUGCGUAUCUGACAUGGACUACCCACAGCAUUGAGAACACGGCUGCCCCUGCCGCUGCUCCCACACUGGACAAGAGGAUGCAGGCGUGGCUCGAGCGUUGGAAGGAUUAA